GGCCGCAGCGGACGACAUACGAGGCGGUGAACGACGGCGGGAAGCAGGCGCUGCCGCUGCCAUUAAUAAUUAUUGCGGCCCGCAGGAGGAUUUCUUUCCUUCCCUCCCCUCCCCCUCCCCUUCCCCAUCAGCGUACAAGAUUGUCUAUAGGUGAUGCAAGAUCCACAACGAAUGAUGAGAAAUAAUUGUGGAAGUCGCCGUUCUCCAUCUCCCUACGGACUUAAAUGCUCACCAAGCAGAGAAACAUUAACAUACGCUCAAGCACAACGGAUGGUGGAGGUGGACAUUGAUGGCAGGCUGCACAGGAUUAGCAUAUUUGAUUCCUUAAAGAUUAUCGCUGAGGAUGAUUUGACUGCUCAAGAGAUUACAGAAUGUAACAGUAAUAAAGAAAACAGCGAACAACCUCUCUUUCCUUCCAAGUCCAAAAGAACAGUUUGCAAAGACAAGAGGAAGGAGACCACCUCAAAGCAUUCAGCUGGAGCCAGUGCUGAAUUACCUCAACCGUCUUUUAGGAUUAUUGAUUACAAGCCCCCCGACGCCUCCCCCCUGCCACCCGCAUAUUACAGGUACAUUGAAAAAUCAGUGGAGGAACUGGACGGCGAGGUUGAAUAUGAUAUGGACGAGGAGGAUUAUGCGUGGCUAGAAAUGAUCAAUGAAAAGCGUAAGAGUGAUGUGCUUGGCAUAGUAUCUCAAGAGAUAUUUGAGUGCCUCAUGGACAAACUGGAAAAAGAAUCCUACUUUGAAAGCCGGAAUAAAGGUGAUCCUCAGUCCCUAAUUGAUGAAGACGCCGUUUGUUGCAUUUGUAUGGAUGGUGAGUGUCAGAAUAGCAAUGUGAUCUUAUUUUGUGAUAUCUGCAAUCUUGCUGUACAUCAGGAAUGCUACGGAGUACCGUAUAUUCCAGAGGGACAAUGGCUCUGCCGCUGCUGUCUUCAAUCUCCUUCUAGACCUGUGGAUUGUGCUUUGUGUCCAAAUAAUGGUGGUGCGUUUAAACAGACAGACGAUGGGCGAUGGGCUCAUGUGGUUUGUGCUCUAUGGAUACCAGAAGUUUGUUUUGCUAAUACAGUGUUCCUGGAGCCUAUAGACAGCAUUGAGAACAUUCCUUCUGCUAGGUGGAAGUUAGUAUGCUAUAUUUGCAAACAAAAGGGUGCUGGUGCCUCUAUUCAGUGUCACAAGGCCAAUUGCUACACUGCCUUCCAUGUGACCUGCGCUCAGCGGGCUGGAUUAUACAUGAAGAUGGAACCCGUACGAGAAACUAGUGCCAACGGGAUGACUUUCAGCGUCCGGAAGACUGCGUAUUGCGACGUUCACUCCCCACCGGGGUCAGUGAAAAAGAUCCUCACUUUAGAUGAGAACGAGGCGGAGGAAGAUGAGGAAGAAAAAGUAGAAGGUGGGGAGAGUCCAAAGAAAGUGUCACCUAAAAAGACCAAAGCCAAAUCAAAACAGAAAACAAAAAAAAUAAAAAAUUUCCUCGAAGAGCGACGAGCUGCAGUACCUGUGGUGACCGUGCCACAGAUACCUACUCACAGGUUAAAUAAACUAUGCAGCCGGUUAUCUAUCCAGAGGAAAACCCAGUUCAUGCAAAGGCUGCAUAAUUACUGGAUGUUGAAAAGGCAGUCACGGAACGGUGUGCCUUUACUUCGGCGAUUGCAUUCACAUUUACAAACUCAAAGAAAUGCAGAACAGAAAGAACAGGAUGAAAAAACCAGUGCAGUAAAAGAGCAAUUGAAAUACUGGCAGAAACUGCGACAUGAUUUGGAAAGGGCUCGUCUGCUUGUCGAACUGAUUCGCAAAAGAGAGAAGCUCAAGAGAGAAGAGGUCAAAGUUCAGCAAGUUGCGUUGGAAUUACAACUUACACCAUUUAUUGUCUUCUUAAGACAAAUUUUGGAUCAACUUCAAGAAAGAGAUCAAGCAAAUAUAUUUGAUCAACCUGUAAGCCUCAAAGAGGUUCCAGAUUAUUUAGAGUUUAUUGCACAUCCUAUGGACUUUUCCACCAUGAGGAGAAAACUCGAAACUCACUGUUACAAAACCCUUGAUGAGUUUGAAAAGGAUUUCAAUCUGGUUAUAAACAAUUGUAUGAAGUAUAAUGCCAAGGAAACCAUAUUCUACCGAGCAGCAGUAAGAUUGAGAGACAUUGGAGGUUCCAUAUUAAGAUGUGCACGUCGCCAAGCUGAUAACAUUGGGUAUGACCAUGACACUGGAAUGCAUCUACCCGAAUCACCAAGUCUGGCAAACUUCUACCGUUUUUCUUGGGAGGAAGUGGACAACAUGCUGAUACCGGAGAACAGAGCCCACUUGUCACUAGAGGACCAGCUGAAGGGGUUGCUGGAUAAGUUGGACAUUACAUGCACCAUGAAGUCGAGUGGAGCACGGUCAAAACGAGUGAGAUUGCUGAGGAGAGAGAUCAACAGCAUCAGGCAUAAACUGGCCCAGCAGCGACAUCUGCAUAACGGCAACUGCUCUGAAUUGUCGAAGGAGGAUAAUGAGAAGCCACUGGUUGAAGGCCAUGAGGAAUGCACUGAAAGAGAGGAUUCGAAAUCUUCACUCCCACCAACAUUGGAGCCUACAGGGCCGGCACCUUUACCCUCAGACUCUGAAACCCACACGGACCCUCCUACCCUCAAACCCGUGAGCGAGAGCAGGGUACAAAGCAGACUGCACAAACGGAUUAAAUCCGACAGUGAUGUUCUGAGCAGAAAAACACUACAAAACGAAGCCCUUGGUGCUCACACUCUGCAGCGGCUGCUGAGCGAUAGCGGAGUGAACGGUCUCGCUCUUCCUACCUCAGACUCUUCGGCGCAGUCCGUCAACGAAGUGGGCAGGCGCACGUCUGUCCUCUUCCGGAAGGCCAAAAACGGAGCAAAGUUACAGAAGGGCUGCGGCCAGCCCUUGGAGAACGGAGACAGUCAGCACCAAGCAGAACAAUUGGCACUGAAUACUGCACCGGGGACACUAUCAAAACUGCAGAGUUUGCGCAAGUCAAGAAAACGACCCCAAAGCUUGAGCUGCAGUUCGGACAGUGAGAGUGAGAAAUCUCCCUGCACUCCAGCAGAGCUAGGGCUUUCUAAUGGUUUCGGAAAACACGCUCAAUUGUCAAACGCAGAGAGCUACUCGGAUUCAGAAUGUGGUUCCAGUCUUGGAAGUAAUGGGGCUUUCGAUAGUAGCAGUGGCUUGUCUCCACCCAAACGUAGCCGAGGGAAGCCAGCUCUUGCACGAGCCCAUUGUCUUGAUAAUGGCAAUGGGGAUGUAUCCUGUGGAGAUUACAGCACAUCAGGGAGGGGAGUCUGGAUACCUUUUGAAAAUGAUGCUAUCUUAGAACCUCUGGAACUAGUUUGGGCCAAAUGCAGAGGGUACCCUUCUUAUCCAGCACUGAUCAUAGAUUCGAAUAUGCCUCGAGAUGGUUUAUAUCACAACGGUGUCCCCAUACCUGUACCUCCACUGGAUGUCAUCAAACUAGGAGAACAAAUGCACGCUGAAGCUGGAGAAAAAUUAUAUCUAGUUUUAUUUUUUGACAACAAAAGAACAUGGCAGUGGCUUCCUCGAUCAAAGUUACUUCCUCUUGGCAUUGACGACACAGUGGACAAAUUGAAAAUGAUGGAAGGACGUAAAUCAAGCAUCCGAAAAUCUGUUCAAAUUGCAUACGACCGAGCCAUGAUCCAUUUGAGCAGAGUACGCGGGGAGCAUGGGUUCCUCACCUCAAACUACAUGUGACUGAGAUAAAAACAUAACCAAAGUUGCAAAAGGAGAUUGUACGAUGUGACAUCAGGCAUCAAAGACCUUAAUUUCUGCUCAUUUGUAAAAACUAAAUACACUUUCUUUAUUUUUUCAUACUUUUAAGCAGAUCGACACAGAGCCUCUGGCACCGCCAAUUCUUAUAUGACCUUUCUUUGACUUGUUCUUGUCACGUUUACUUCAUUUAAACAUAAAUCAUGCUUUAAACUUACGAAUACAGAUCCUGUUGAUAGUGUUUAUAAUGCCUUUGUGUCGACGUCGAGGGGAAGAGAAAACAUGUACAUAAUUGUAUUAUAUUGUUAUACACUAAAUUAUUCAAGGCUGCAAAUAUGAAUCUUUUGCUUCUCUGUGAUGGUAAUGGGUUUUGUACGCACACACUGUAAUUUAUUUGAGAAACAAUACCAUUUGACGUUUGAAAGUAUUUGUUCUGUUAAAUGCAGUGGACUUGUGACCUGUGUAUACUGUGUAGUACAACUUUAAAACACUUUUUAUUGCAUUUUUGAUUUUGGUUUUUAAUGUAUUCGGGCUAUUAUAUCAAUGACGUUGACAUAUCUAGGGACCUAAAAUUAGCUGCGUGUCCACUGUGCUACACAGGAUGUUCAUGUAUUUAUUGUAGAAAGUAAGAUUAUUUGCUUUCUAGUACUGUUUAUAAGAGCUGUAAUGGUUCAGGAAAAAGAAAGAGAAUUGACACUUGCAAAACUGUACUUUUACCUCUGAUCUAUUACAAUCCAACUGUCUGAGGCUAUAUUUUCUCUUGAGAAUUAAAUGUGGUGAUCUAGAAAUGAA